AUGUCUAUUGGUAGGCCGAUUGAAGUCCUGCAGGAAGCUCAAGGCUACAUAGUAACAUGUGAGACCAACACUGGUGAAGUAUAUCCAGGAAAGCUCAUUGAGGCAGAGGACAACAUGAACUUCCAGAUGUCCAACAUCACAGUCACAUACAGAGAUGGCCCAGUGGCACAACCAGAACAGGUAUACAUAUGUGACACCAAGAUCCGGUUUCUGAUUUUGCCUAACAUGCUGAAAAAUGCACCCAUGUUAGAGAACCUGAAAAAUAAAAACCAGGGCUCAAGAGCUGGCCAAGGAAAAGCUGCCAUUCUGAAGGCCCAAGUGGCUGCAAAAGGAAGAGGAUGUGAAAUGGGGCAUGGAAACCUCCAGAAGCAAAGACAAUAUUCUCCAUCAAAGAGAACUUUCCUUCCUUUCUUCUCUUAG